AUGGACUACUUCGCGUCAUACGCUGAGGAUGAGGCCGGUGAGCUUGCGGCCGAGGCGGGGAAGGGGCCAGAGGCGGUGGGAGUGGACGCAGUCGCUCCUGCAGAGAAAGCGGGAGAGAAGAGAAAGGAAGAAGGAGGCGAGCCGCGGGAAGAAAACGCAUGCAUUUCGCUCCUGCCUUCCAUCAACUGCGCGCCGCCUGUGAGCCUCUUGGCAUGCAAGGCGCAGGCUCAAAGAAACGCGGUCUUCCAUCGGCCCGAAGACACCGUUCUCAUGUCCAAUCCAAAAGUGGAAGCUCUGCAAACGCCGCUGCAAGGACCGUUGACCCCUCAGCAAGUGCGUCGCGGCGGGUGGACUGGCGUGUACAGACGCCGCUUGGCCGGCGACGUGGAGAAGGAGCACGUGAACGUGGAGGCGUUCGACAGACAGUUUUACAAUUUCCAGUUCCACGGCCGGGCGGAAGAUCCGUCGAACUUUACGCGGGACGCCUUGCUCGCGCAUAACAGUGCAGGCGCGGACAGCGACGCUUCCAAAGUACGCGAAGCGGUCGCGUACGACACCCGGGGGUUCGUUCCAGAAGGCGAAGCGUCUCGGCGACAAAAACGCAGGCGCCUGCGGAACGACGACGCGACUUCCGACGACUUCCAGGGCCCGUGGGCGCCGUUCGAGCCGGAGGCGGUCGAGGCCUCGGGUGUACAUACACCAGAAGACGGGGAGGCCGCAGCCACCGAGGCGGACCAGGGAGAGGACGCCGAGAAAAGCGAGAACGGGGGCGCGCAGAAGGCGAAGACGCGGGGCGGGGCUGCGUCUUUUUCGAAGGACGACGCUGUGGACAGCAUCUUCCACGGGAAAUCCGCGACGGACUACCAAGGGCGGUCGUGGCUGGACGUCCCGCCGGGGACGAAGGAGCUGCCGCCGGACAGCGCGUGUUUUCCGCCGAAGCGCGAGAUCCACGCAUACGUCGGGCACACGGGAGGCGUGCAGGCGAUUCGCUUCUUUCCGCGGAGCGGUCACUUGCUGCUGAGUGCGAGCAUGGACAGCACCGUGAAGAUCUGGGACGUGCUGAACCAGCGGAAGCUGUACCGUACGUACACCGCACACAAGCAGGCGGUCCGGGACAUUCAGUGGGCGGAGGAGGGUCGGCGGUUCUACAGUUGUUCGUUCGACAACACGGUCAAGUUAUGGGACACGGAGGCGGGGAAAGUGAUUGGUUCUUUCGGGAACGGAAAGACGCCGUACUGCGUCACAGUCAAUCCGAACGACAACAAUGUGUUUGUCGUCGGCAGCGCGAAUCGCCGCGCAGUCCAGUUCGACGCGCGGACCGGGAACAUCGAGGUCGAGUACGCCGAGCACAUUGGCAGCGUGAACACGGUCACGUUCUGCGAGGAAGGUCGGCGCCUGGUGACGACGGCCGACGACAAGAAGCUGUUUGUCUGGGAGUACGGGAUCCCCGUCGUCAUCAAGCACGUGUCGGAGCCGGAUAUGCACUCGAUGCCUGCUGCUGCGAAGCACCCAAGCGAGAAGUACCUUUGCUUCCAGUCGAUGGACAACCAGAUCCUCACCUACGACGCGUACGGCAAGUUCCGGAUGAACCCGCGGAAGAAAUUCAAGGGCCACUUGUGCGCAGGGUACGCCUGCAAGCCUGCAUUCUCCCCCGACGGAAAGUGGCUGCUCUCAGGAGACGGAAACGGAAAACUCUGGAUUUGGAACUGGAAAAACGGAAAAAAUAUCCGAACCCUGCAAGCGCACGACCAAGUCUGCAUCGACUGCCAGUGGCAUCCCAACAUGACUAGCCGAGUCGCCACGUGUGGCUGGGACGGCCUCAUCAAACUCUGGGACUAA